CGCACUCAAAGAGAUCCGCUCGUCCUGCCCAGUGCGCGCUCCCGACGCAGAGGGGAAUCAAACCCUGCCGGGGAUAAAACCGCCUGGCGCGGCGCGCAAAGCUCACGGUCCGCUGCCGCUCAUCGGUGAACUGCCACGGCGCGUUUUGUGCUCAAGAAGAGUUCCACGGAGAUCUUAUCACGUCAUCCACGCACUUUUCAUUUCAGUUCAACAGAGAAAACAGGCAGCCAAAGGGAGGACUCUAAAGUUACCGCGGAAUGACAGCUGAGCGAUGAACAGAGGGAUAUUCCCCACUGAUGGCAGUGAUGGAGAACACAACAUGGCCAUACCCCUCAUACGUCCCCCAUUAUCUCCUGCGUGGUGACCCUUUUGCUUCGAGGCUAUCCAAAGAGGCGGACAUUAUAGCAGCAUUUUACAUCUGCAUUAUAGGAAUCCUGUCUGCUACAGGGAAUGGUUACGUCAUUUACACGACCAUCAGACGGAAGACCAAACUGAAGCCUCCUGAGCUCAUGACUGUUAACCUGGCCAUCUUUGAUUUUGGCAUAUCAGUGGCAGGAAAGCCCUUUUUUGUUGUGUCCAGCUUCUCCCACCGCUGGUUGUUCGGCUGGGAGGGCUGUCAGUUCUACGGCUGGGCGGGCUUCUUCUUCGGCUGUGGGAGUCUCAUCACCAUGACUGUAGUGAGCCUGGACCGCUACCUGAAGAUCUGCCAUCUCCGAUAUGGCACAUGGUUAAAACGCCAGCACACCUUUAUAUGCUUGGCCUUUGUAUGGGCGUAUGCUGCCUUCUGGGCCACCAUGCCACUGGUUGGCUGGGGCCACUAUGCUCCAGAGCCCUUUGGAACCUCAUGUACCCUGGACUGGUGGCUCGCACAAGCCUCUGUGUCAGGCCAAAGCUUUGUAAUGGCUAUCCUGUUCUUCUGCCUCAUCCUCCCUGCUGGCAUCAUUGUCUUCUCCUAUGUCAUGAUCAUUUUUAAAGUGAAGUCAUCUUCGAGGGAAAUUUCACACUACGAUGCCCGCAUCAGAAACAACCACCACCUCGAGAUGAAACUCACAAAGGUGGCAAUGCUGAUUUGUGCAGGCUUUUUGAUUGCCUGGAUUCCCUACGCCGUGGUUUCAGUGGUGUCAGCGUUUGGGGAGCCAGACUCCGUACCCAUCCCCGUGUCUGUCAUUCCCACAUUGCUAGCCAAGUCCUCAGCGAUGUACAAUCCAAUCAUCUACCAACUUGUGGAUCUGAAAAAUUCAUGCUCAUCCUGCUGUAUCAAGGUCAUGAAGAAACGGAGGCAUUUCAGGAAGUCAAGGUUAUACACAAUCUCGGGCUCAGUGAAGGACACAGCACCGGCCAAAGAAGCUCACAUCGAGAUAUAAAACAAACAGUUGAGACUGUGUGACCUUUACCUGUUGUACCAUGGACAUCUUGCCUUGUUCCCCGCCUGCUGUGCCCUAUACCUAACCGAUCACACGCUGCCUGCAGUCACAUCAUCAUCUGCUCACCUUUGCUGCUGGUUCCUGGAUAUUGCAGCUCCCUUUCCUCACUGAAUAUCAACCCUUUAUGUAGCUUGCUACCUCCUUGUGAUUAUACUACUUUAUCCUCACAAGGACGUCCUAUAUCUGUAGUGUACACUGGUUUAAACAUACAGAUCACAUGUUGUGUAAACAUUUUGAUUUUUCACCUCCAGUAUUAGACUUUGCAAUAAAAUGCCUGACACAGGAAUGGGAAAUUGAGAGUUUUCCAAUACAAGUCACAAUUUAAGUUAAAAUGUCUUUGUAUAAAAUGUAGUGACAAAUCAAUAAUUUGGCAUGUUUGACAUUUUUAGCUGAACUGGAAAUUACAAUUUCAAAGAAAAAACUAUUAUUAUGUUAUUAUUUUUUGCUGUUUGUACAGGCUGUUGGUGUUUGUAGUUUUACACUUGUGUGUUUUGGUGAAUUUAUAUGUAUUGGAGCAAAGCACUGGAUCACAUUAUCUCACUAGUUAAGGGCACUGACAGAGAGAUCUUUCAAUUAUUUGGUUACUGGAAAUCCAUACCAGAAAAAGUUGAGAAUAUAUUGUUUGACAGCAUGGAUAAAAAAAAAGACAUGAGGUCAAUAAUUCAAUGUAUAGCUCUUUCCAAGAAAACACAUAAACAGUAUAAGAGCACUUUAUUUUGCAAACCAUUCAGAAUGCACUGAUGAAAGUUUGUUGUCAUAGUUUUGUAUCUGGUCAAGUGUUGCAGAAAAUGGUUUCAUUAAUCUAAAGACAACAAAAUACAUAAAUUCCUACAAGAACAUACAAUUCAAGAAAGAGUUAAAGUUAAUUCAGGGAUGACUAAAAUGUAUUUAUUUUUGCUAUAUAUUUUCUAGUUUUUUUUGGGGGGGGUGGGGCCAUAUCUCUAAGAAUGAAAGUUUUUGUCUUUUCUUUCAUAAUCCACAAAGUGUGCAUUUCUGUUUUGCCAAGAGUUUGUGUGAUAUAAACUGACCAAGAAAUGUAAGAAUACCUUUGUUUGGGUAUUUCUUCAUUUCGAAAUUGCUUUUAAGUAAUGAAUCUUCCGUGUUUUAAAGUGUAUAUAUUUCCUCAUAAACAGUUCCACAUUGUAAGGAAAAUGUAUCAGUGUGUUGAGGAGCGGACUUGAGUAUGUAGGUGUUGCCCAUUAAAAACUCACCAAAGCAAAACAAUAUUCUUUCAGUUAUGGGCUCUUCUUCGAUGCCUUUAUUGAAUUAGAUGAUUAAACUUUGAUGAUAUAACACAUAUAGGCCAUCUAACAAUUUAUCAGUCAGUGUUGUUUUCAUCAACGAUGAGGAUGAAGAAAUUAUUUCGUUGACACUAACUGACGAGCUAAACAUGCUUUGUUGACGAAAGCUUCAGGGUUAUGAGUGUGAGUUUUGGUUAAAGAGACAAGACAAAAAAUUAGCGGGUAGUCGGUUAGAUAUUUAAACUGCAUCAUCGUGCGGUAAUCUGCUAAGUAGUAUCAGCCGUGCAGCGAUGCACAUUCUGCAUGACCACAAAUGGAUCAUGGCAGCAGCGGCAGGAUGAAAAUAAUCCAGAAUGGUUUGGGUACUACGCGCCAAACUCAGCUUGUGCAGAAUUGCGUCUUUGCGUGUGCUUAGAUUAGACUCUGUGCUUUACACUCCACACAAAUGGUUCGCUUUCAGCAGUAUGGCUAUUCCUGCUCUCGCUACUCAAUAAACUGUAUGUGGCUGAUCCUCUAACCAAUGUAAAAAUCCCUUGGUCUAACUAUAAAAAUUUAAUUUUUUCCAGUGCACAAGAGGUGAUACCAAACAUUCUUUAAGUUCUUUUAAAAGGAAUCCCUAAAUUAUAUCCAAAGAAAAUAUUUCAUUGAAUACUGUUUAUUUUUUUAUAAAGACCCAGGUGAAAAGGUGUAUGGAUCUUUGUU